CCGUUUCCGGGCAGCGAUGAGCACCACCGACAGGUCUCAAAGCGCUGCCAAAUGUUUUAAGCUGAAAGACCGGAAGUUGCAGUGUGAAGCCCUUCCGGCUAACUUGACCGUGGCAUGUCAACGCCAGUCGUUGAUACGAGACCCAGCCUACACGUCGUAACUGUGAAAGUGGAUGUGAGAGGAAGUCAGAUCUAUUAGCCUGACCUACCAGCCCUGUGGCUGUGGUUGCUAUUUAAAGUGGCUAACAAGCUAGCUAACCUCCACCCGCUAACUUCACGAUUUUGAGGCGGUUUAACAGACGAACGGUGGCGCUAGUACUACUCUGUUUACGGAGCUCAACACGCCAAUUUCUCUUCCACAGACACGUCCUGCCACGAUGGACAACUUGAGUGACGCCCUAGAGAAACUGAAGAUCGCGUCAACAGACAGCGCGACUGACAGUGUGGAGAGCUGUUUGGACUGCCUGCUGAAAGCCCUCGCCAACAACAGCACUGAAGCCAGCAUGAAGAUCCAUGAGAUGGGCGUCCUCCCCCUGUUCCCCACCCUGUUAACCCCCCAGUCCUCCUGCACACCCAAAGUCGCCAACAUUAUAGCCGAGGUGGCAAAAAAUGAGUUCAUGCGGAGCCCCUGUGUCGAGGCCGGCCUCAUCCCUCCUUUAGUGCAGCUGCUCAACUCCACCGAUCAGGAGGUGCUGCUGCAGACGGGCCGAGCUCUGGGCAACAUCUGUUAUGACAGCCAUGAGGGCAGGAGUGCAGUUGACCUGGCAGGAGGGGCUCAGAUAGUAGCUGAACACAUAAAGGCCCUCUCCCAAAAUACUGAGCCGGGGAAUGAGAAGCUCUUGACUGUCUUUUGUGGCAUGCUGAUGAACUAUAGCAAUGAUAAUGAUUCCCUACAAGCCCAGCUGAUCAAUAUGGGGGUAAUUCCCACUCUGGUGAAGCUGCUCGGCAUCCACUCCCAUAACACCGCCCUGACAGAGAUGUGUCUAAUUGCCUUUGGCAACUUGGCCGAGCUCGAGUCCAGCAAAGAGCAGUUUGCAUCCACCAAUAUUGCUGAGGAGCUGGUGCACCUCUUCCAGAAACAGAUGGAGCACGAGAAGAAGGAGAUGAUUUUUGAAGUUCUGGCUCCACUUGCAGAAAAUGAUGUCAUAAAGCUGCAGCUGGUGGAGGCGGGCCUGGUGGAGUGUCUGCUGGAAGUCGUGGCUCAGACGGUGGAUGGAGAGCGGGAGGAGGACAUCGCCCAACUGAAGACCGCCUCUGACCUGAUGGUUCUCCUGCUGCUCGGGGACGAGUCCAUGCAGAAGCUGUUUGAGGGAGGAAAGGGCAGCGUCUUCCAGAGGGUCCUGUCCUGGGUACCAUCUCACAACCAUCAGCUGCAGCUGGCCGGGGCGCUGGCCAUCGCUAACUUUGCUCGCAAUGAUGGCAACUGCAUCCACAUGGUGGACACUGGCAUCGUGCAGAAGCUUCUGGAGCUGCUGGAUCGGCAUGUUGAGGAAGGAAACGUCACUGUUCAGCAUGCAGCCCUGAGCGCCCUGAGGAACCUGGCUAUACCUGUGGUGAACAAAUCCAAGAUGCUGUCAGCUGGAGUGGCAGAUGUGGUGUUGAAGUUCUUGCAGUCGGAGAUGCCUCCAGUCCAGUUCAAGCUGCUGGGAACGCUACGCAUGCUCAUCGAUACCCAAGCUGAAGCAGCAGACCACCUGGGAACCAAUGGGAAGCUGGUGGAAAGGCUGGUGGAGUGGUGCGAAGCCAAGGACCACGCGGGCGUGAUGGGCGAGUCCAACAGGCUCCUGUCUGCUCUCAUUCGACACAGCAAGUCCAAGGAAGUAGUGAGGACUGUCAUCCAGGGAGGAGGAGUCAAACACUUAGUUACCAUGGCAACCAGUGAGCACAUGAUCAUGCAGAACGAAGCCCUGGUGGCUCUGGGUCUCAUAGCAGCCCUGGAUUUAGUUGCAGCUGAGAAGGACUUGGUUGGAGCCGGCCUGGUGUCUGUGCUUCACAAGCUGCUGUCAGAUGAGAGGAGUGCACCGGAGAUCAAGUACAACUCCAUGAUCCUCAUCUGUGCAGUCAUGGGCUCAGAGCCGCUUCAUAAAGAGGUCCAGAGCUUGGCGUUUAUCAACAUCGUCUCCAAGCUGAGGGCUCACGAAAACAAGACGGUAUCACACCAGGCGUCGCUCACAGAGCAGCGACUAACGGCCCAGAGCUAAAUGACUGAGUCUGACCCCACCCACACCUGCCCACCCGAAUGCCUGCCUGAUACCCAACUCUCCAGUGACACCUCACCACUGCGCUCCCCCGUGCCCCAUCGUCAUGUGCCAAGGUACCAUGUCAUGUGAACUGCGAGCCAGAUCUCCACUUAUGUCUCUGCCACCUCCACUAGGGUUAGACUGAUGUGUACUUUGUGCUUAUAUACAACCUGAGCUUUUAUUUUGAAGACCUCACCAUAAAUCCAAACUAGUCCAAGUGAAAACCUCUGUUUUUAGACGCGCGACGGAUACACACAGUCCUCUGGAAGCCAUAUUUGUAGUUUUAUUCAGACGGGUUAGCAGGAGGCCGGCUGAGGAAGGCUUCACACACGACCUGAUGUGUGAACGCAUUAGUCUAACCCUACCCCCUCCUCUACACGUGCAUGCGUCUCAGUAGCUCCACGAGAGCGCCACAGACUGCCUGAUGCAAUAGAUCGAAGAAGACACUCUUUUAUGACCAUAGCUGUGACGCCAUCUGCCGGUAAGCCGUCCAACAAAGUGUGCACAAAAAAAUCUUUCCUGUUGUGGGUUUUCUUUGGUUUUUCGAAGCAGACAGCCAUGACGCGCCCAGCUGUGUCCAUGUAGAUAGAGUAUACGCUGACUAGGAGCCGUGCAUGUUUUAGUCCCGUUCAAGGUGUGUUUACCUGUCCGCCGCUUGCAUACUCCAGAGCAUAGCCAGCCCUCUUCCUGCUGACACCUCGAGUCCUGGACUCGAUUUUAUUCAGUUUUUAACUUGUGCUGUCCAAACAGUUCCACAAACAAAAUACGAGCAGAGCAGCAAAUUGGACGUGUG